ACGGAAGUCGUAUCUUUACUUUUGUAGUCCGGACGACUUACGAGGGUGCACUGGUUUGGAUGCCAGUGACUGCCAGACCAAUGUGGAUCCUGAUCAGACCAAUGAGUGGUGUGGGUGUGCUCUCUGCUGUUGUGAUCGGACAGGUGUUGGGAAGCAGAUUACUGCUCUACUCUUCUAUACCAUGAAUGAUCAGCCAUGGACCAAAUCACUUUUCAUCAUGAUACCGUGCUGUCAGAUGUCCACAUGCUCCUGCCCAACGCACGCCACCUCAUGACGCGCCUCAACUGUUCUGGACAGCCCGUCUUCCUCUCUAAAUUCAAGAUAAUGCCAGAUGGCGAAAGGCAUGACAACGGUGACCCAGGGAAAGGUUUAACGGAGACGGAGGGAGACGGGGAAAAAGACACAGAAGUCACACGAGGAGGAGAUGAUGGAGAGGAAGAGGAAUGCGGGGAAGGGAACGUGGAACCGUUUUUGGAUGAGGACGGAGACCUCGACAUCGAGCGUCGACCGAGGAAAACCCCCCAGGAGGGAAGUGGCCGAGACUUGGUCUGUCCCAUCAUUCUCCAACAGUCCAAUGCUGUACUGGAACAAGAAGACGAGGAUACCGAUGAUGGAGUCGACACGUCCUUCGACAACAUUAUAAAGAUUGAGCACGCUAUGGCCACACCCCUGGAGGACGUUGGCAAACAGGUGUGGCGCGGGGCGUUCUACAUGGCCGACUUCAUCCUCUCUAAGCCGCUCGUGUUCAGAGGAGCUACAGUCCUGGAGCUGGGGGCGGGAACAGGCUUAACCAGCAUCGUCAUGGCAACCAUAGCCAAAACAGUGUACUGCACAGAUGUGGGAGAAGACCUUCUAAACAUGUGCGAGAGAAAUGUAACAUUAAACAGACACAUGUUGGAGCCUGCAGGUGGUGACGUGAGAGUGAGACAGCUGGAUUGGCUCCAGCACGACCUUUGUACCGAUGCUGAUGUGGAGUUUAAGUGGACAGAGGAGGAAGUUGCAGAUAUGUACGACAACACUAAGAUCAUCAUCGCUGCUGACGUUUGCUAUGAUGAAGAUCUGACGGAUGGCCUUUUCCGAACAGUGUACCGACUCUGCAGCAACUUUCCUCACACCUGCAUGAUCUUCAUCUCCAUAGAGAAAAGGAUGAACUUCACCCUGAGAGAAAUGGAUGUUUCCUGCGAUGCCUACAACCAUUUCAGACGGUGUCUGUCCCAACUCCAGGACCUGGUGGACGGACGGUGUAGCUUCAGAGUGGAACAGCUCCCUUCUAACUUCGCACAGUUUCUGCUGUAUGAACGCGUAGAGCAGCUGGAGCUUUGGAAGGUGACUGCCACUCCACUUCCAUUUGACCGAGCCCGAUCUGAUUCUGGACCGUUUUCAUCUUGAACUGGACUCGCAUCCGAGCACUGUGAACUCUGUACCCUCCCCAGAAUCUACCAUACACAAAGCUCCAGUUAGCAGUUGAAGGUUUGAAAUGUAGAGCACAAAAAACCCAAGACAACAUCAAACACUGUUCAUACAUACAGUAAGUACAAUUAUAUAAUUGAGCAAAUUCAAGAUAGAAACAGGCAAAUUAACAUAUAGAGUUCAUCGGGGGAGUUUUUAAAAAAUGGGUCACUGAAGUGGUGCAUGAAUGUAUAAUAAUUUAUUUUUGAACUUGACUAAUGCAUUCUUACAUGACCAACUGUAGCUGCAUGUCUUCCUAGAUGUUUGUACAGUAUGGCUGAUUAGAAACAAGGUCAAAUAAAGUUUUGCAGUACAUCA